GCCGUUCGCGUACGCUCGUGCCGUCUCUCGUCGUGUUCUGUUCGCGUCCGCGAAACCCGCGCAACGUUAUUGAUAAUAAUAUAAUAUAUACGAGUACGACUCGCACAGCCGACGCGCGUCGUCCGCGAAAUUUGUUUCGUCUUAACAAUCGCCAACGCAAACAAAAAAAACAUAUCGCGUCCGUCAUUUUUUUCUUAAAAACAAUAAUAAUAUUAUGUACGUUUGGUCGCCGUCGGUCGUCGUCGUCUGACGGAACGCACUCGGGAGUGCGCGCGGACCUCAUAGCUCUUUAUACUUUACGUCGUCGUGGUGCGUGCGAGAUAUGACACGCGGCAGUUCGCGCGACGUCUUCGCGGCGACGGCGUCGUCGCUGUUGCUCCUACCGCUGUUGCUGCUGUCCGCGGUCGUCGGGUCGUCCGCCGACAACGUGACCGUGUUCCGGUGCUGCGGUCGCGGCGAGAUGCUCGACCCGACCGACGUGCACGGGCCCUGCGCCCUGCUGCCGACAACGUUACCGCCGGACUUCGUGCCCGUCAUCUUCGACGUGACCAGCAACCAGUUCUUGAACCCCAACGAGCCACCGCCGGCCUACUGGAACCUGGUUCACGAACGGCCGCCGUGCCGGCCCGCCAUGUUCCUACCCGCCGCCAUACCCCACGACGCGCCGCGGUUCGUGUCGUUCCUCAACGGCACGCUGUUGGCGCAACACUGGCCCAAGAACCUGAUGGUGGACCCGGGCCUGUACUGCUUGGACCGGGCCGGCGCGCUGGUGUGCCUGCCCGACGAGCCGAACAAGACGAAAAAGUGCUGCGGCCCGUCGGCGGUGUACAGCGAGACCAACGGCGGGUGCGAGUUCUCGGGCCGGCACGACACGGCCGAUCUGCCGGAAGACAUCACGUCCGGGUUCCCGCGGUGCGACGACGACGCGUACAUCUUGUCGGGCCGCAUCAACGAGUCGCACUGGCCCGUCAGCGGCGUGUGGCCCGCGGGCGGACAGCUGCGCACCGCCGACGGCGGCACGCUCCAGCCCCGCGAGUACUGUCUGGAGCGCGUGCUGGAAGACACGCAGGAACCGCGCACGUGGACCGUGUUCACGUGCGCGCCCCGGCACGGCGUCGAUCACGUGACCAAGAGCUACCGCGAGGACAUCCGCUUCACCCUGUACCCGCUGGGACUGUUGCUGUCCGUGUUCUUCUUGGCCGUCACCCUGGUGGCCAGCUGCAUGCUGCCCAGCACUUACCACGUGCUCCACUGGAAGUGUCAAGUCAACCACGUCGGCUGCCUGCUGGUCGGCGACCUGUGCCUGGCCUUCGUCCAACUGUCCGGCGACUCUUUGCGCGGGCCGCUGUGCGUCUUCACAGCCAUUGUAAUGCAUUUUGUCUUUCUGGCGGCGUUUUUCUGGCUUAACACGAUGUGUUUCAAUAUAUGGUGGACGUUUAGGGACUUGAGACCAGCCAAUUUGGAUAAAGGCCAAGAGGCGUGUAGACUUAGGCUAUACCAGUUGUACGCGUGGGGUGUACCCUUGGUGAUCGCUACGCUAGCCGCUGUAUUGGACCGUAUUCCACCAGAUCAAUACAUGUCACUGAUCAGACCUAAAUUUGGCGAACAUCGUUGCUGGUUCUAUGGAGACGCAGAAGUUCUGUCAUAUUUCUAUGGACCAAUUGGUAUUUUGUUGAUGAUGAAUCUAACUUUGUUCGCGGCCACGGCUAGGGAGCUGACGUGUGGUUUAUGGAGAACCGAAGUAGUGAAAUCUACUAGCGAAAGAGCGACGCUGGGCCGCGUGUGUCUGAAACUCGUGAUCGUCAUGGGAAUCACGUGGGUGGUGGACGUGCUGUCGUGGGUGAUCGGCGGACCGGAUUACGUUUGGUACCUGACCGACCUGAUGAACGCGCUGCAAGGGGUGCUCAUAUUCAUAGUGGUCGGCUGUCAGCCACAGGUGUGGAUGGCCGUCAGGCGCAUGUGGUGUCUGCGCACCGACAACCCGUCGGACGGCGGCAACGCCCGGUCGUCCACGUCCAACGCGAUGCCGUCCACCGUCAACGAGUCGACGCUGUCCAAACCGGUGGAGACGCUGUGUUGAUGUCGACCGCCGCCGCAUCUGUCACCGCACACCCGCACGCACAUACUCACGCAGAGCACACGCACGCACACCGCAAGCACGUAGACGCGCGAGCAAAGCGCGACAACGACGACAAGCACAGACAGCAAUAACAGACCGUCGUGACUAGUCAUCGUCAUCAAGAUCACAUAACUACCCGCGACACGGCGACGCGUUCGCGUUUGCCGCCAUCCACUGACCACCGCUGCUGUUGCCGCCGCAGACUUCCGUCGUAUAAAAUCGGCAUAUAUCGUGUUAUACGAACAUUGCGAGGUCUGUGCGGCAAUCGUCGACGGACUCGCCGCCGACCGCUCGUCGGCGUACGACGUGCAUGACCGUUGUAUAAUGUCUUGAAAAUCUUGCCCGCAAACGGAAUGUUUAGACUGACAAAUCUUUGUUUUAUAAUUGUAAUCUUUUUUUUUUUUUUCUCUUUAACCAGUAUUAAUACAUAAGUAUAUUAUAAUAUUUUAUGGUAUUUAUUAUAUAUUAUAUACAACAUUGCAGAUGUGUGUAUGUGUAUAUACAUAUAUAUAUACAUGAUAGUAAUAUCGAAUUUAGAGAAAUUUUUCGCGCACAUUUCAUGAUUACUUAUUUAUUAUUAUUUCUCAUCAUUAACUACUAUGUUAUAUUAUAUUGUAUGUAUUCGUUCGCCGUGUCGUCGACGACGAGCUUAUAUUAUAUGCGUAUGUGCGUUUUUCUCGUCGACCAAAAAUAUUUUUAUUACGUACAUUCGCGCUUCGCCGGCGCAUUCUCUCUCGACCCGAUUUAUUUAUCGUUGACCAAUGACUAUAUAUUAUUAUAAUAUCAUAACACUCGCCGACUGUGUGGACAAAUCAAAUGCCCAUGAUAUUAUAUCGAUGACAAAACUAUUUGUAGUCAGUAUUUAUAGAUAUAUAUAUAAAAUUACUAAACAACAUAGUUAAUAAUUUAUCAUAUUAAUUGACAUUGAGCGUACUCAAUAUUUACCGAUGUCAAAUUUAAAUCACAAGUAAUAAUACAUGUACUGGAUUCAAUUCAUAUGAUAUAUUUAGGUAUCUGCAUACACUCGAACAAGUAAAUGAAUCGUUCGCAUUAUUUUUUUUUUUUUAAAUAUUAUGGCCAUUGUCCAUAUUGUAAUAAAAUAAUCGUAAAUCAUAAUAUUUUGUCUAUCACCCAACAGCACUAAUUUAUUUUACAAUUUUAUACGGUUAAGACAUUUCUGACAAUAUUUAUGCGUAUGUUUAUUUUUACUUUUUAUUGAUCUGUAACAAUUUAUCAUAAAUCAGCUACUUUUUUUUUUAAUUUAACAUUUUCCCAUCAAAAACAUUUAACUUAGAUUUUAUCCUGUGAAAAAAAAAACCGUAUAAAUACAAUAAUGUAGUUUGCUUUUUGUCUUUAAUAACACGUUAAUAUUGGCAUAAAAAUACGAGUGCUGAUAGUGAAAAAUUGUAUUUUAUUCGUGUUUGUAUUAUUAUUAUUAUUAUUAUUAUUAUAGAUUUGUUUUCCUUGUGGUUAACAUCUUUUUAUAUUAAG